AUGGCGAGUAUAAAAAUUAUGGACUUGCUAAUUGAGAAAAUCAACGAGCUGCAAGACAUAUGCAUGGAAAAUAACAUAGCAAGCAGGAUGGAUCUUCCACAGAUAGUGGUUAUCGGAAGUCAGAGCUCUGGAAAAAGCAGUGUUUUAGAGAACAUUGUUGGGAGGGACAUACUUCCAAGAGGAACCGGAGUUGUUACAAGAAGGCCAUUGAUUCUUCAACUCAUCCACAAUAGCACAGAAGACUAUGCUGUUUUUAACCAUGCACCUGACACAAAGUACACUAAUUUUGAAGAAGUUAGAAGGGAAAUAGUAAAUGAAACCAGCAGAAUCCUUAAGUCCAAGAACGAUGUAUCGCCACUGCCAAUCACAUUGAAGUACUACUCUCCAAAGGUUUUGACACUAACACUAGUUGAUCUCCCAGGCUUAGUAAGAGUGCCCACGAAUGAUCAGCCAAAAGAUAUAUGUGCCAAGAUAUCUGAGAUAUGCAGGAAGUAUGUAUCGAAUAAGAAUGCAUUGAUACUUGCAGUAUCAUCUGCAAAUACUGAUAUAUCAAAUUCUGAUGCACUUCAGCUUGCCAGAGAGGUUGAUCACGGAUAUGAAAGAACAAUCGGCGUCCUUACAAAAAUUGACCUGAUGGAUAACGGUACUGAUGUUGUUGAUGUAUUGGCAGGUCGUGUGAUAUGCCUUAGACUGGGAUUUGUUCCUGUUGUAAACAGAAGUCAACUAGACAUAGAGAGAAGUAAAGGCAUUCAACAGUCUCUGGAUGACGAAGAGGAGUUUUUUGCAACACAUGAAUCAUAUAAGAGAAACAAAGCAUAUUGUGGAACGCGAUAUCUGAUAUCGAAGUUGCACAAUAUUCUUCAUGAACAUAUAAGACAGUGUCUUCCUGAGCUUCAAGAAAAGAUAUCUAAUGGGAUUGUUCAGGCACAGGCAAAUCUUCGGGAUCUCGGAAAUGUACCUUUGAGUCCUAAAGAGAACGUAAUGAGGAUAAUUAAUAGCAUUUCAAGGCGGUUCAGUGACAUUCUUUGUGGAAAUCUUGAGUCUAAGGGAAGUGAGCUAAUGGGAGGUGCAAGACUCAGCUAUGCAUUUAAUCACCACUUUGCAAGGUUCAUAAGUAAACUAAAUGCAUUUGACAACAUCCAGGACGAUCAGGUAAGAACACUGUUAUACAAUUCAAGUGGAUCGUCAUCAGUGGUGCUUUUUGGACAUGGAGCAUUUGAGAAGCUUGCGAAGCAGUCUGUUGAGUCAUUUAGAAUGCACAGCCUGAAGCUUGUGAGUAUUGUAUUUUCAGAGCUUGUAAGAAUGAUUAAGCAUAUUGUUAGUGUGUCUAUAAUGGCAAGAUACCCGGUCCUUGGCGAGAAGAUAAUCAGCAGUGCUGUUGCAAUGUUAAAGGAGCGAAGCGAUGCAACGCAUCGGCUUGUGGAGUCAUUCAUUGACUGGAAUACUGCGUACAUCAGUACAAAGCAUCCUGACUUCAUCAAGUGGAGUGAAAUGCUACCAAAGGAAUAUGAAGGUGCAGUGGAAAGCAGGAAAGCAGAGAAGAUAGACUUUUACAAGGGAAUGGACAAUAAGACAGUUCUUGAUUCAAUUCCAAAUGUACUUAAGAUUAGAGAUGGACUGAGUGGACAGGAGGCAAUGGAAAUGAAUAUUAUCAAAUCAAUGGUAGACUCCUAUUUCGAGAUUAUCAAGAAAACUGUUAUUGACCAGGUUCCAAAGGCAAUUAUGUGUGAGCUCGUCAGGAAGUCAGAGAGCCAAAUACAGGAGAUGCUUUUCAUGGAAAUAUACAAUAGAGACGAUCUGGAUGAAAUAGCAUCUGAGUCAGAAACAAUCAAGACAGAAAGAACCGGGGUUGAAAUGACACUUAAGGCUCUUAAGCAGGCAUAUGAUAUAAUAUGUUCACUAUGA